AUGAUUAAAAGCGAGGACUGUUAGCGCUUCGAUUGACUGAGCUGGAGUGGCUUCAAAUUGCUAUUGUUGCUAUUUUGUGCUCGUUCAGUCCGAGCUAGAAUCCUGUUAUAUUGCUUCAAAUGUAAAACACUGGUUCUAGUCUGAAUUGCUGUUUGUUUCAACAUAUGUGCUGAACAUUUUACCCUUUAGCUCGCGGGUUAGUUUGCGGUAAGAAAUAACACCAGAGUAGCCCGCUUUUCUUAGGUGUAGCAAAAUGGUGUCAGAUUGAAGUUUAAAGACACAUGUUUUCUCGUAAAAACAACGCAGCUUAUGAUGGCCCCAACCAAGAAAGGAGAGAAAAAGAAGGGGCGUUCAGCCAUCAACGAGGUGGUGACCAGAGAGUACACCAUCAAUGUCCACAAGCGCAUCCAUGGCGUGGGUUUCAAGAAGAGAGCUCCCCGCGCCAUCAAGGAGAUCCGCAAGUUUGCCAUGAAGGAGAUGGGAACUCCCGACGUGCGCAUUGACACUCGCCUCAACAAGGCAGUGUGGAGCAAGGGUGUCAGGAAUGUGCCGUACAGGAUACGCGUACGGCUGUCCAGGAAGCGUAAUGAGGACGAGGACUCCCCCAACAAACUGUACACCCUGGUCACAUACGUUCCUGUCACCACAUGCAAAGGUCUGCAGACAGUCAAUGUUGAUGAAAACUAAAUUUGUCCCUCUGCGAGUGGAAUAAAUGAAACAAAAGGA